AUGUCAUCUGCGAUGCCAAGGUUGCCGAGGUACAGUGGUGACACAGAUGAUGAUAACUCCAUUCACUUGAAAUAUAUGAUUGGGAAAUCGAAUCCUCUAAAGUCACCCAGGAAAGCAUCUGAUUUUACUGGAUAUCGAAACAUCGACUACACAAAUGAGACAAAACAUCAACUACAUCAUCGGAAUGGGACCACGGAACCCAAUAUAGAUGAGGAGAUUUCAAUGACAUUGAAGGGCGUGCAAGAAGAUAUCGAUGAAGAGGAGUUGAAUGAAUCGUAUUUGAAGUUUAUCAACAAUCAUUACGACAACGAUUAUAUCGAAGAGGACGACGAAGAUUAUGUAUUGAGUGAUGGUGACACAUACAAUGAAUCUUAUAAUGAUGAUGAAAGUGAGGAUUGGGAUUAUUUGCACUAUAGAAGAGGAUUAUCUGAAGAGCCGAAUUUUACAUCUCAAAUUGAAUCACCAAGGUUACGGAAAGCAAUCGAUUACGACGAGCAAGAAGAUAGGAAUAAUAUAUCUGAUGAAUCUCCUCCGAUAAGUAAACCCAGAACAGCGUAUUGGAAGUCCUGCCUUGGGUUCACAAUUGCAUAUGUGGCAGUACUUUUGGUGACCUUGUUGAUGAUGCUAAAUAACAAACCACAAUCGAAUCUUACACCCAAACUAGACCUUAACGAGUGGAAUGCCAAAAUUAAUAGUUUUGAACAGUCAUUGCAAGAGCUUCAACGACAAAUGGACACCAGACUAGAGCAUAUCAGUUCAAAGAUUGAAGGUUUGAACCUCGAGCCUCUGUCAGCGAGAGAUACUGAAAAAAUGAUUUAUUUAAAUCACGGACAAGUGCAAUUGUCUCCUCGAUUUCAUCGAUUCCUCAACCAGUUUCUUGAUUCAUAUAGUCAAUCCUACAUCGAUGACAAACUAAAGGAACUCCAAGUAGACAAGAAACUAGAUAAUAUCGAUGAUUUGAAGGAGUAUGUUGAUCAAGCCAUUUCAAACUCAAUUGACUCAAUCACCUUGAAAGUAGAGGCCAACGUGGACAAGAUCCUUGAUGGAUUAAAUAUUGUGAAUGAUACAAUCACAACCGAUCCAAGACUGAAGAAAACUCCUUCGACAGCGAACAAAGUUUGGAUAAAUUCGAUGCUUGAAUUUAUUUCAAAGGGAUCAAAACUUGUCAAUUAUGCUGAUUAUAACCAGGGCUCACGAAUACUUGGAUUUUUGACAUCAGAUUUGGAUAAUCACAACUUAUUCCAAAAAAUGUGGUAUGGAUGGGUCAUAUUUGCCAAGGGUCUUCAAGAUCGAACCAAUGCGAUCCAUGCACUCUUAGAUGAUGACCUCUCAUGGCAAGGUGGGGAUGAGAUAGGUAUACGGCUUACUGCAUCUAUAAUUCCCACUGAUAUUUUAAUCCAGUUGGAUAACGAUGAUGAAAAUAGCCUGGUAUAUGUCUCAAUUGGAUUCAAACCAUACACUAGAGCCGGAUUUGAUAAAUUGAAAUUCCCCAAAGUUGAAGAUUCCGUUGGUCAUAAUAUCAACGCAUGUAAGUUCAAGUUCAUCAAAUCGAGUCAAAUACGGCCGGGGAUAAAUCAUAUCAAAAUGCCAAUUCGAUUUGUCAAUUAUCAAAUCCCUGGAAAAGACAUCUAUUUGAAAUUUUCUCGUAAUGUGAAAAUCACCAAUAUUAAAGUCUAUGGAAUAAGUGAUGUGAAUGCUGCGCAGUUGCAAGAUAGGUUUAAGUUGUUGGUUGAUGAGUUCAAUGUUGAUGACAGUGUGGGUAGCACAUCUACUAAGCCAAUGAUUGAGGAUAGAGGAGUCACUGGCGAAGAUAGAGAAGAGAUGAAAGUGUAUGAUAUAAAUGAUGAUAUAUAUUUUUAA